CCAAUGGUUACCGCUCAAACAAUCACCUUGGAACGAAUGAGGAAAUAAUGUGACAAUCAAUAUUCCAUUCAAAUGCGCACCAGUAAACAAGAUGGCAAACUCAGGUAAGUGCGAAUGCUACGAUUGUAUUCUGCAUUUGACUUCUUCGUGUAGUUCGCAGCGCUGCUAGAUCGUUACUGGUCAUCUGUCUUUGUGAGCCAUAAUACGACAAUACAUUGGAACAAUGUCAAUGAUUGAUUUUUGUCAGUGUAACGCCAGGUUGAUUUGAUAGGCUAUGUGGGGUUUGAAAGUUGCUGGGCAAGUUAUCAUACAGUGACACAGCACUUUUCUACUGUAAUUUUUUUGGCCAACUUCUGCAUUCUCACAGUCUGGCUCUGUAGUAGAAUAAAUUAUAUUUUCCUACGAGUUUAUUUCCUCAAAGAGAGGUUAUGGUCAGAGCCAGGAAGCAACAGGAAGUUAGUUGUAAAUCAUUUAUGUUAAUUUUGGUCAAGGCUAAAUAAAGCUUUGUCAUCAUGGUGUUAUCUGUAGCAAACUGACCUCCCCUCUCCACAGAUAAGGAUAUAUCCUACUCUGACCUUAAGGCCCUCCUGGCCAAGAGCAACAAGGGUCUUCUGGUGGUUGACGUACGGACCAAAGAGGAGGUAGACCGUGGACACAUUCCAGGAUCAAUCCAUAUUCCAGGUGAGCUUCAGCCAGAGUCCUGGAGUGAAAUUAUACUCUCAGGUCCAAUUGGAAUUUGCUGUCCGGAGACCAAACCUUUGGAAACAUAAUGAACCCCAAUUCACAUGGGUGUAAUUCAGCCAAAUAUGAGCAAAACAGGUUUGAUUUACUGUUGUUGUCGUCACUGAGCCAGCUAUUUUGGUAUAUUUAUUGCGUUCUAAAUGGAGCUGUAUUGCAAACUUCCUGUGUCUCCUCUCCCAGUUGAUACAGUGGAGAGUGCCCUAGCGCUGGACCCUGCUGAGUUCCAGGCCAAAUAUGGGGUGCCCAAACCCCCCCUGGACGCCCCGGAGCUGGUGUUUCACUGUCAGAUGGGCCGACGAGGAGGCGUGGCCACAGACAAGGCACGAGGCCUGGGAUUCCAAAAGUAUGAGUGUACAUUUUGACAAUACUGCUCUGUAUUCUGUGUUUGAUACCUUGGGAACUUUUUGUAAAUGAUGACAUCUUCCUUCUCUGGUUCAGGGCCGUCAACUAUGCCGGAGGAUACCAGGAGUGGUCUGAGAAAGAGGGGAAAUGAGGCGCACGAUUAGCCUGCAUUGUGAAAGCAGAGCAUAAACACGCACAAAUGAUGCUCACAUUCUGCUGAAACAUGAAAGUACUAGGAUAUCACUCACCUUUUUGCUUCUUGUAUUUGUUAUUACAGGUGUGUUCUAUAUGUUUUAAAAUAAAGAUGGAGAAUAAGAUUGUACAA